AUGCCUCUAAGGCAGGGCACGACCUUCGGCAGUGACGAUGCCGUCCCCGAAAUCGACCCUACCACCACCGCAGGGCUGCUUACAGAAAGGCUGCAAGCGUGGAAACACGCUGUUGUAUACCUGGAGGACUAUGUUGGGGCUGUGGAAAAGGUUCACAAGGUUCAUGCCAAGGAGUAUGAGAAGGUACUCAAAACAAUCUCACACCCUUUAAGAGAGGGCCAUCACUUCGAUCAGGGGCUUGGUGGCGUUGCUGGGUUCUUUGAGAAUAUGCGAGUCAAUACACAGGCCCUAGUCAACUCCAACACCGAGACUGAGAAAACACUGAAAGGCACCGUACUUCCCAUCCUUGAACGCUUGCAUAAGGAAAUCAAAGCCAAACACAAGGAAGUCUCUCAUGGGGCCGACAAAGGCGCUAAGGAAAUUGAGAAGGCAAGGAAUGCAACCCAGAAGCACAUCGAGCUUCUUGGACAACACUCAGCGUCAUUUGAAUCCACUGGGGGAAAACUGCAUCCCACUGAUGACCCCUAUGUACUCAAGCGUGGGGUGAUCCACCGGCUGAACAAGCAGAUUAUCGCAGAGAACAACCAUAGCAACGAUCUGCUUCAUGUCCAAGAAGGGUUUCAGGCCUUCGAAGCUCAUAUUAUUCAAGUUGUUCAGGAGGUCAUGGAGGCUUUCAACCAAGUUGCCGGUGGUCAGGCCGAAAAGACUCGAGCUCUGUAUGCUGAUAUGCUCGGUGCAGCACAGCGCAUCCCUGGCGAUUUUGAAUGGAAAGGGUUUACUCAACGAAAUGCACAGCGCUUGGUAAACCCUAAUGACCCCCCGAGGAGUCUAGACGCUGUCACAUUCGCAAACCAAGACCACGGGUCGACCAAACCCUUGAUCGAAGGGAGUCUCGAACGCAAGUCGCGCAACAAGCUUUCUUGGGGCACCCAGUCUGCUUAUUAUGUCGUAACGCCGUCGAAAUAUCUUCAUGAAUUCAAAGACGACGACAAUUUGCAACACGACCCGAAACCUGAACUGUCAAUCUAUCUGCCCGACGCUGUCAUUGGUGUGCCUAAUGGGGACAAAUUCAAUGUCAAGGGGAAAGACAGAGGCAAGAGCUUCAGCAGCAAGCUUGCUGGCACUUCAGAGCUUGCUUUCAAGGCCCACUCACCCGCCGAUGCUCAGAAGUGGUUCGAAGCCAUCAGCGUCGCUGCUGGCUCUACCGGCUCUAUGUACGAAAGUACCCCAGGAUCGCCUAUAGUAGGUACCGAGUCUCACGGCUCGACGAGCUCCAAGACCUCCAAGGUUGAUUCUGGACACAAGGAACAAGAAGCGGGCAUCACCGGGGCUGAAACUGUAAGCAGCCCUACAGCCAUGUCACCAACGGAAAAGGUUGCUUCUGGUCCUACUACUCCUGCGAAUGAGGAGAAGAAAACCGUGGGCUAG